AUGAGCAAUACUGACGCCCAAACGUCUUUCGCUUCACUUGUAGUCGGACCCCCGGUUACGGACCCCAUCAACCCGCUAAUGGGAGCAACCUCCAUCUCACCGAAUUUAAUUGAGUUACAUGGAAGAAAAGCGCUAGUCUUCGCCUUUGGGAAUCUGGCAGUGAGAGCCGAAGGUGACUUCGUUCUUCGAUACCGCGUGGCGGAUAUACUAGCUGGCACAGGUAUCGACGGCGUGUUCCCAAUCCAAGCAAUCUGCUACGGCGGCCCAUUCCACGUGUUCUCCACAAAGGACUUCCCCGGCUACGAAGCUUCUACAGAACUGACCAAGACUCUCUCGGUCUGGGGCGCUCAAGUCAAUGUUCGAGAACACCGGCGGCGCAGACGCGGAAAGAAGGACGCAGCACCCGCUGUAACCAAACCGCUUUACACCACUGCCCCUCUCGACCGUGACAUUGUCGCCGACUCGGAGCGUCGGCGACGGCGGCGUGCUGGGUAUUGA